UGAUGAUGCUGACGACGUCAUCUAAGACUAGACGGCUAUAUCCAUCACACAUAUCUAACUCAUGUAACUGACUGACCUGGAGCUCACAAGUAAGGCAAAAACUGAGGGCACAUGAGAACAUACACAACCCAGGUCUCGCAAGCAUGCAGCUCGAGAACGUCAUUCUCCCAGACAGGGAUCCAAAGACUAGGUGGGAUAUUGAAUAUACAUCCAACACCAUUACGUCCAUUCGACCAUCGACAUCGUCAACCAAACCAUCAUCUCUUCUUGUCGCCCCGUUGUGUCACCCACACGUUCAUCUUGAUAAACCAUACCUCCUGACGUGCAACUCGUCGCACCACCCAUCAUCAUCUUCUUCAUCAGCAGACCACCCAAACUACGAUGACCUGACACCUCAAACUGGCAGUUUUUCAGAAGCACUCAGCUUCACCGGCCAAGCCAAAGGCCGGUACACACCUGAAGACCUGUAUCUUCGUGGGUCGCAACUGCUGGCAACGUCACUGGCACAAGGCGUAACAGCAGUGCGAGCAUUUGUCGAGGUUGACCAUGUAACUCAGUUGCAGUGCCUGACAACCGCCAUUGCACUCAAGGCUGCCUUCUCCAAGCAUGUACAUGUGCAGAUCUGCAUCUUUGCCCAGGAUCCGAUCUUCAGCACCGACCAUGGUGACGCAAACCGCCAAAUCCUUGUCGACGCCUUGGAUCAGUUCUCGGGCGACAUCCACGUGUUAGGGACGACGCCGUAUGUCGAGACUGACGACGCUGCACAAGUGAAGAAUAUCCAAUUUGCUGUCCAGACAGCCCUGCAAUAUGGACUGCACCUGGAUUUUCAUCUGGAUUACAACCUUGAUCGGUCGAAGCCCGCACGGGUGUGGGAUGUGAUAAGAUGUCUAAAGGAAAUGGAUUGGGUAGGCAGAGCACAGAAGGGUAAGACUGUGGUACUUGGCCACUGCUCACGGUUGCUCCUGUUUGACAACGAGGGGUGGAAGCGGUUGGCUAAGGAAAUCCAUACCGCGAAAUUGCCUGUGUUUUUUGUUGGGUUGCCCACGAGUGAUGUUUUCAUGAUGGGAAGACCGAGUGGUGACGAUGGUCAGGAGGCUUUGGCGGCCGACAGGCAGAGAGGCACCCUACAAAUACCAAGUAUGAUUAGAGACUAUGGCCUGAAUGCUUGUCUCGGGGUGAACAAUGUUGGGAACGCUUUCACCCCCUGGGGCUCGGGCGACCCAAUCGCUUUGGCCUCGUUGGGUGUGGGUAUCUAUCAAGCCGGCACAGCCGAGGAUGCCAGACUUCUGUGGCAAUGUGUCACGAGUCGUGCCCGCCAGGCAAUCGGGUUGGAGAUUGCCGACAGAACAGCGUCUGAGUCGAAUGAUGCAGAUGAAAUCAUGUUGGAGGCCCGCAAAGGGGAAUUGUUAGUGAUCGAGAACGAAGAAUGGAUUCGGCUGCCCGGUGAUAUGGACGUCAAAGUGCCAUCCAGACAGAGAGUCAGUAUCAAAGACGUGGUCUGGGAUCCGCCUGACGUGCGACUGCGAAAGAUUAUGAGAUAGGAGUCCAAUUGGC